AUGGCGACGUCUUUAGGAGCUAACACUUACAACAGACAAAAUUGGGAGGAUGCGGAUUUUCCCAUUCUCUGUCAAACUUGUUUGGGUGAGAAUCCCUACAUCCGUAUGACCAAAGAGAAAUAUGGCAAAGAAUGCAAGAUCUGUGCUCGUCCUUUCACCGUGUUCCGCUGGUGCCCAGGGGUCAGGAUGCGCUUCAAGAAGACUGAGGUGUGUCAGACGUGUAGCAAGAUGAAGAACGUGUGUCAAACCUGCCUGUUGGAUCUGGAAUACGGUUUACCUAUUCAGGUCAGAGACACAGGACUUGCCAUUAAAGAUGACAUGCCAAAAUCAGACGUCAAUAAAGAGUAUUACACCCAGAACAUGGAGAGAGAGAUUGCUAACUCUGAUGGCACACGGCCUGUGGGGCUCCUGGGGAAGGCCCCAAGCUCCAGUGAUAUGCUGCUGAAAUUGGCACGUACCACACCUUACUACAAGAGAAACAGACCCCAUAUCUGCUCCUUCUGGGUCAAAGGAGAAUGCAAGAGAGGAGAGGAGUGUCCUUACAGACAUGAAAAGCCCACCGACCCAGACGACCCGCUGGCUGACCAGAACAUCAAGGAUCGUUAUUAUGGUAUAAAUGACCCAGUGGCCGACAAACUUCUGAAACGUGCCUCCACCAUGCCCAGACUGGACCCACCUGAGGACAAGACCAUUACCACGCUUUACGUAGGAGGACUGGGAGAUACCAUCACAGACUCAGAGCUCAGGAACCACUUUUACCAGUUUGGGGAGAUCCGCACCAUCACCAUAGUGCAGCGGCAGCAGUGUGCCUUCAUCCAGUUUGCCACCCGUCAGGCGGCAGAGAUGGCUGCUGAAAAGUCCUUCAACAAACUUAUCAUCAACGGCAGACGGCUCAAUGUCAAAUGGGGCAGGUCCCAGGCGGCCCGAGGAAAGGAACGAGAGAAGGAGGGAGUGACCGAGUCUGGAAUGAGGCUGGAGCCAGUACCAGGCCUUCCUGGAGCUCUUCCCCCACCUCCUGUGUCGGAUGAGGAGGCACCAGCCAAUUAUUUCAACCUGGGACCAAACAGUGCUCCUGCAGUCAUGAACAUUGGGCUUCCACCUCCUCCCGGUGUAGCUAUGCCUUCUCCUCCUGGUUUUGGCCCCCCUAUGUUUCACUCAAUGGAUCCCAUGGCUCCCCCCAUGCCACCCCCCAUGGGCAUGAGACCCCCCGGCCAGGUCCACUACCCUUCCCAGGAUCCCCAGCGCAUGGGUGCCCAUGCAAGUCGCCACGGAGGGCCCUAGAACAUUCUCCAGCUACCUCGGUCUUCAGCUGUCCUCGUAGGAGUAAAGGACCAUCAAAGAAUCUUUCCCCUGUCAUAUUUUUUUUCUGCUCUUGUUUGAUUUUGUGUCUCCAUUGUGUAGUCCAAAGGGAUAUUUUGAUGUAAAGAAUUGUAGUAGUUUAAACACAAACAAGAGACUGACCUACAAAUCUUUAGGUCAUAGAAAUUUUACCAGUGUUUUAAUACUUAUAAGCCAGGUGAAAAACCUCAGUGAUUUGACCUUUUGACCCCUUUACUCACUCUUUGCCAUGGUUGUUUUCAUUCCUGACUUAUGUCGACCUUUCUUUCUUAGCCCUGUUAAUACCCAUGUAUUUUUCAUUAUGUGUUAAGGCUAUGGAUAUCACGGUCACCAAACAUUCUAGUUAAGCAUUUUGGCAUAAACUUUCCAGGAGUUAUUGCAUAUGUUUUUAGACAGGUGUAUUCAUACUCUUGUAUACCUGAAUUGUCUUGUCAACUUACCAGCAAACACUUGAUAGGUGGAAUGGCAGUGCACACGAGCUGAAAGUGCACUAGAAGUGAUUUGGGAACAGUGCUAGAGGAAAGUGGUGAUUUAAAUAUUGGUUGUAGUGACCAACAAGUACCAUGUGGGGGCACCAUUGUACAAUAUUCAAAUGCAGUCGAAUGAAACGCUGUUACUUUAGAAGACGCUGCAUGAUCAGGUAGACAUCUAGUUACAGUGUUUCUUUCUGCAUCUUACACUGUGUGUUCUCCUUUAGAGCAUCAUAUGAUGUUCAAAUGAGUCUGAGACUCAGCUGAGUCACUGAAAAAGCAUGUUCAUCAGUGUAAAUGGACAGUGUAAGAAAAACAUUACUGUGUAUUGCUCUAUUUUUUUUUUUUUUGAUUUAUUUUAUAUGUCAUCAUUUUGUUCUUCACGUCAAACAAUUUGGAAAGAUUUCUGUGGAAUUUUAAUUAAAUGUUUUUAGCGAACAUCU